ACUGGCAACUUGUAACUGUUUUCAAAUUUUGUAAACAACCGCAUGGCAGGUGUACAUUCUCGUUACUUUUUACUGUCAUUUCUUUCUCGUUUCUAUCUGUCCAUGUGCUUUCAAACUACAAUCGACUAUAAAUACACCAUACUUCUUUUUUGUCACGAUGGACCCCGCUAUGAAUUGUGCAGUUGACAAACUCAGUAAUGGACACUUCGAAAGCAUGCCCCCUCCGCAGUCCACUGAGAGCUCUAUUUUUCAAAAGAUUGUCUCUCAAACUACAAGCAGUGCAAAGCCUCCUCAAAUCAGUGACUUUGAAGUCAUCAAACCUAUUAGUCGAGGAGCUUUUGGAAAAGUGUUUCUCGGCCACAAGAAAACCAACCGUAACAAAGUCUAUGCAAUCAAAGUCAUGAAGAAAUCUGAAAUGAUCCACAAAAAUAUGAUAAGUCAAGUUGUUUCAGAAAGAAAUGCUCUUGCAUUAUCCAGCAGUCCUUUUUGCGUACAGUUAUUUUACUCAUUGCAAACAGCCUCACAUGUUUUCCUGGUGAUGGAGUACAUGAUAGGAGGUGAUAUCAAAUCUUUACUCAGUGUUUUUGGAUUCUUUGAAGAAAAAAUGGCAACGUUCUACACAGCAGAAGUAGCUUUAGCUUUGCAGUAUUUACAUGGUCACGGCAUCGUUCACAGGGAUCUGAAACCCGACAACAUGUUGAUAUCUGCUGAAGGCCAUGUGAAAUUAACAGACUUCGGACUUUGUCGAAUAAACUUGGAUCACAAGGACCUAGAGAUGUCAGAUUUGGUUAAUGGUACACCAAAUAAAUUUUCGAACAGGACUCCAGGUCAACUUCUCUCAUUGACAUCUCAUCUUUCAUUCGGCUCUCAUGAAAAGAUGCUGCAGGACCGCUUCAGUUCCCCAUCUCCAUUCAGCACUCCAAAAUCCCUGAUGAAUGACAGUCAGUUAUCCGGUGUUGACUUAUUUCUAUCUACAGAGAAUUUGUCCUCUACUCAAGCAUCAACCAAUCUAAGCUCAACAGUAUUAUCUUUUGUCACUUGCACUUCGUGUUCUCAAAAUGGUCAUCAAAACGGGAACUGUACAUGCAAACAACAAGCUAAUCAAAGCGUAUUCACUCCGUCCCCAUUAUCCACUACCAGAGGAUCCUUCAAACGUCCAAGUGUUCUUCGAAAGAGGAAGCGACUUUGUGGCAGUGACGAUACUGCAUCCCCUUUUCUGCAUUCUGGUUUGACGCAAGAUUUGAGCCUUGUGGACAUCACAAACACCACCCCCAACCAUAAACCUUCUGUCGCUUCGGAGCAAUCUUUUCAAUCUCCACUAAAGAGUGUCCUCAAACAGAGGUUUGUUUCAGACGAAUAUGUAGGAGCAACCGGAGGUGUCAUGUUUUCAACCCCUGUUCUCCACUCCACUCUUAAAUUUAACUCGGACUCUAUUCCAGUGGUCAAAUCAACAAGAUUUGCAUUACCAAAUGAUGUUUCAAUGUCAUCUGUAACCUCUAUGGAUCAUCAGUCAAUGGACGAAUCUGCAAUGAGCCCUAUAAGGACUCCAAACGUGAUUAAAAGGAACAUUCCAUUCAGGACCCCCAAGUCCUUGAGGAAAGGAAAACAAGCAAGCGAUAGUCGUAUCCUCGGAACUCCUGACUAUCUAGCACCUGAACUGCUGUUGAAGAAAGAUCAUGGCUCUGGAGUAGACUGGUGGGCUUUAGGUGUCUGUCUCUAUGAGUUCAUGACUGGUAUUCCACCUUUCAACGGAGAGAGCCCAACAAUUGUCUUCGACAAUAUACUAAACAAAAGAAUGGAAUGGCCUGACGGAGAUGAUGCUCUCUCCUGUGAGGCAAUGCAAGCUAUAGAUCAACUGCUAACGCAGGAUCCUAAUUUGCGACCUGCUGGGGCUGAAGUACGAUCAAUGCCUCUAUUCAACCACAUAGACUGGGAUAACUUGCUGAAUACUGUACCUCCGUUCGUGCCUAAUCCAGAUGAUCUACAUGAUACAUCAUAUUUUCAAGCUCGAAAUGAACUUCAGAACCUGAUAGUCUCAGACAUAGACCUUUGAAAGGUAGCGAAGUGGGACAUAUGUGAGAAUAUUUGUUAAAAGUAAGGAAACUCACUUUCAAAGAAUGCCUACAAAAUAAUUUACCAAUCAUCAUGAGCAUCUUGUGUUUUAAAUUUUUUCUUACACAAUAUUAUCUUCAGGCGUAACUUGAGUUUCAGUGUUCACAAGAUAGUUGCAAAAGAAUGGAAAAAUUGAAAAAUGCGAUCUGUAUCACUCUUGAACACAAAUUGUCUGAAGUUUUUCAACCCUUACCUACAUAUACAUCUAAACUGUAAAUAAGUUACCAGUAAGAAAUAUCUAGGCUCUAGGGUUUAAUAUUGAGACGUUUUUUAUGGGAUCUAUUGGGCUGUGGUUAUUUUAUUUUUUUAUUAAGUCAAAAUAUAGUUAUAAUACAACAAAUUGUCAUUUCUCUCUUUUUAGUUCGAAGCGCUCUACCAUAAAUUUGUAUAGAUAAUACGGUUGGUCUGUUGUCCUAGUCACAGAUUUGUGUUUUGAUGAUUUCUGGUCAUAAGCCAACAAAAGAUACUAAGAUACGUCCAGGCACCAUUUUCAAGACCAAUACACACAAUCAGAUAUCGAUAUCGCCUACCGAAAAACAUGGUAUAUGAUGUCAUCCAUCAUGGUGGUGCGUAUCAUGGUUUCGCCCACUUUGGUUUCAUUUAUGUUUUAAGUUGAGCAGCCAGUACAAAUGUGCGUAUCACUUGGAAGAAAUAAUGGUGUACAGUGUACACUCAAGUGGUGGAUGGCAUCAUAUACCAUGCUUUUCAAAUCUCUGUUAAUAUUGGACAUAAAUACUUUGCGCGGGUUUUAUUAUUUUUUGCCAGUCUAUAAGUUUAAACCAUCAAAGUGCAAUGAAGUGACUAAUGUAACUAACCCAUUGUAGCAAAACUGCUUCUGCAGAGGUAGUGUAGGUAUAGCGUAAAUCAAAAGGAAAAUUGUGCUGUGCAUAGACUGAAUUUUUUUUUUAUGCUUUGAUGUUUACUGCUUGACUCUGAUUCACCAGAAAUUUGUUUAGAGUCAUGCGGUUGCAUGUAUUUUAAUCCCAAAACUGUACUGUACAUCACAGGAAGAUGGACUUACUAGUCCCUCCUCUUCUUUUUCUAGACUCUUUUUAUUUUGGUUUUUUAUUUGUAGAUAAAGUGAAGUAAGUGUAUAACCGGUUAGAUUUUUUCUACCCUUCGAUUUUUAUCUAAAAAGAUGUAUAUCAAAGAAAGGGAAAUCAUUAUUUCAUUUCAAUAUGUAGAUGUGUCGAAAGUUGUGCUCCAACUUCACCUUAAAAUUUUAGGAGCCAUUUGGCGAGAAAACCUAACUUCUGGAUACUAUGUACAAUGUUUUAGGAGCCAUAAAGAUUUUAAAAAUGAUGUAGAGAAUUUUGCAAAAAGGAAGGUUGCAACAGAAGUCAAGACUGCAUGAAAUUUUUAGGCACCAUUUUUUGGCACUACCUCCUUUUUUUAUUGUUGUCGAAGUUUGUAUUGGCACUUAGUAUGUAGUGAAGUUAGGACAUCGAGUAAAAGUAGAGUUCAUAUUGGCGUGAUGCUUGAAUGAUCUUUUCAUCUUUCAGUGUGAAGAUCAAUUUGACGGAUCCGUCCAAAAUCAGCCUCACUGCAUUUCAAGUUGCAUAAUUUUCUCUCUUGUUCAAUUUUUAAACAAAGAACUAAACUAGUUUAAACCUUCAGUAAGCUUACUCUAGAUUAUUACUUUACUAAAUUCCUUGAAUCGGUGUUUUUUAAUUUCCUGUUUUAAAGUUAAAAAAUCAGAGAAAAUUGGACUUCAUUUUGCUAUUAAGAACUAUAAUCUCUAGCCCAUCCGUAAAAACACGAAUGUGCAUGGAAAAACAAAUGGCACAUACGUUGUGUCUAAACCAAGCCAGAGAUUGUAGUUCCUAGCUGUAAAAUGAAGUCCAACUUGGCAAUGUCAAGUUAAGCUGAUUUCACUUGAAUCCGUUCAAUUGGAAGGUAUUUUUCCUUUGUGCUCUUCUCAGAAACUACGAUGACUUGAGAGAUGAAAAUCAUACUGUUGAUUGCCUGGCUUCACAGCCGAGCAAGAAAUUGAGACCCAUUAUCAUUGGAGGACCUUGUAUUUGCAUUCCCUUUUUGUUGCUAGGUUGUCCAGAAAUUUGAAAAUUUUUGUUUUACAUACAAUUUUCCUCAUUAUGCUCUUGGGGAUUUCUUAAAGCCUAGUUAUCAAUUUUAGUGUUAAUUUAUGUAAAUGAAUGGCUAUAGCAAGGAACCAUGUAUCUUGAUAGCUUUGCUCUGUAUCACUGCUCCUUUUUCAUUUCUUGAAUGAAAGCAAGUCAACUUCACUGCAUACAAUGUCCACAAAAUAUUCCGCAACCACUAAAGAAUUAUGUAUCUCGAAAAUUCUAAGGCGGUUUUCAAUUAAUUUUACACUUAAAAAAUAUAGCUUGAUGGAUAGCCUACAAUAUUGCAAACUGAGAUACGUGGUUUCCUAGUUUAGCCACAGGAAGCACUUUGUAAGAAUCUGCCGCCGGUUCCAUCACUUUCCCAA